UUGAAUAAUGAGCUUCAAAAGUUACGAAAUAUUCUUGUAGCUACUGCAGUCAGGUAGCAUUGCCGAUUGUAUCUACUUUGAACUAAUUUUGACCAAUCAAUCGGAACAUCUGAAGAGAGGAUUGUUUAGUAAUUUUCAAGUGCAUCGAGACUCGAAAAGGAAAAAGAAAAAAAAAAAGAUUUAUUCUGUUUUUAAAAGUUACUUAAUUGUUGCUAUUUCAUACAAAAAUACCAAUUCGCUUUUAAAAACUGCUUUUCCUAUAUCCUGCGUUGCUUAAGCUGCCUCAAACAGCUCGGCAAAUGUCACUAUUUACUCUCCCUAGUGGGUUGAUCUUUCAAAAACAAACCAAUUUGCAAUUCUGAAAUACUCUACGAGUCUUUAUUUUUCUCUCAAGAUUCACACUAGCAUAAAACUAUUUUCCUUAAUUACAAUUCACUCCAUCUCUCGCCCCGCCUUCUUUCUCUCUCCCCUCUCUCAUACACAUUAUUUCUUUCUCUCUGUCUCUCUCUCUCUCUCAGCUCUCCAAUUCACCCGCACUUCUUAAAACUGCUAUUCCGAGAGAUAACUUAUUUCUUUAUGAAUCCAGAAGCUGCUGCUUCAGCAAAUCAAAACUAAAUGCAACAUGACGUUUAUUUGUUAUAUCUGGAAGGACAUCAACGAAGAAAAAGAUUUCUGUUAGUUUAAAUAAUUUUAACGCAGUAGUCAAUUGGAUGACAGGGUUAACUAUUCUAGAAGCUUAUAUUUCCACUUGUUCUGUUAAUCUCUAACAACUCGGAAUGUCGGCAAUAGUUUUUCUAUCAUCGUUACUGGCAAUUCCCACUUCUUAUUGCCUAAACAAUAUUUUCACAGUGCGACAACCUUUGUUAAUACUUUUCUGCGGUAUAUUCGUCCUUUCUGUUAUCAUUGGCAUUCCAUAUCUCUAUAUACGAAACCGGCGAAAUGUUACAGAUCGUUUCUUUUAUGUCUUGGGAAUAUUUACAUUCAGCUCUGUAAUUGAUUUGAUCAUUGCUUUAGAAAACGAUGGCGUUAUUGACGACUUCAUGGAAUUCUACUUAAGAGAAGGAGAACCCUACUUGAGAACCUCUCACGGCACAAUGAUAUGUUAUUGGGAUGGCAUUGCACAUUAUGCCAUGUACCUGGUUAUGUUAACAGCACAAUCAUGGAAUCAGAAUUAUCGAGAAGUUGGUCUGUAUUGGGUCGGUUCUAUUGUUCAUAGUAUGUUCAUCCUGCUUCCUGGAGGUGUUAUUGGUAAAUAUCCCAUAAAGUGGGUAAUCUUCUUGAAUGUUCCAUACUUGGUUAUUCCAAUUUGGGUCGGUGUCAAUCUGCUUCAGGACCGACCACGUGUUCAAGUACUUAACACAGAUGGCAAUCAAUCUUCAAAAUGGGCAUUUCUUAAAAAAGAUCCCAAAGCUAUCCUUUUUCUCAUCUAUUUCUUGGGUGCAAGUUUUGUUGCAGUUUUACGUGCUUUUGCUGUCCUUGGUGGAGACCACAUUUUCAAGUCCUACUUGAUUAAUAUGGAACCUUAUUUGAUGGACCCUUCAGCUUUCCCUAAAAUGCAAAUGUUGGUUUAUCUGUUCUACUUUUUGCCAUAUUAUAUAUCCAUGAUAGUCUUCCUUCUAUCGACACAAACAUCUUUAAUUAGUUGGGUCAUAGAUUUCUCGUUCAUCCAUGCCGGCGCUGCAGCUCAAGCCCAAUUCUCUCACAUUGGAUCCUCUCUGCAUUACCGAACGCCUUACAGUCUGCGAGUACCACAGAAGACAUCUUACUGGUUUACCUUCUGGGGUAUUAAUCUCUCAUUGCUUAUGGUACCACAACUGUUUAUGCUUUACUGCCAAUCCAAAGUCGUGCCAAUCGUGGAAGAAGAAGGCCCUGAUAUAAAAAGAUCAAUGGCCACGAUGAACAGUCAAGAAUCGCUGGACGCUAUUGACCGACUUGUUGAGAAUGCAACCAGAAACAGAAAAAUUGCUUUACAACCUAAGUGAUGUUAAAAGUAAAGGUUUUUGCUAUCUUAAGACAUUCCAUUUUCAGCACAAUUUCAAUGACA